CACCCGGAAGAACAGUAGCACGGUCGUAUGUAUUAGGAAGUGUGACUUGUCAGACAGGGCAAAAUCCAAAAUAUUAUCUUUGAUUGGUGACAGCUAGGUAAGUAUGUUUUUUUUUAGACUAACGUUGGAAGAUUUCAGAGGUAUUUGUUCUACGUGUCAACAUUGCUUUUUUUUAGCAGCCGCGUUAGCUGUAUUGCAGGUCCCAUUUGUGCAAGAGCAAUGGCAAACAAAGGCAACAGUGAUGCAGAAUUACCACCUGACAAAUUUAGUAGUUCUCUAAGUAAGGAAAAUGAGAAAACAGAAGAAAUUGACACUAAGCAGUACAUGGAUGACAGUAUAAAGGAGGGGAAGAUCCAGGAGCAAUCCACUGACACGAAUGACCCAAAGUCUAAUCCAGAACCUGAUGCAACAAGUGAGAAUAGCAGUGAACCUGUGGAGCAACAAAAAGAACCUGAUGCAACAAGUGAGAAUAGCAGUGAACCUGUGGAGCAACAAAAAGUUAUAAGUGCCCUUCAAGAUGUGACCACUUCUGGACUUCCACUAGAGAGCCAAACAGCAAUUCAGCCAGAGGAUGAAAAGGAGAAGAUCCAGAAGCAAUCCACUCACACGAAUGACCCAGAUACUAACCAAGUCCCUGAUACAACAAGUGAGAAUAGCAGUGAACCUGUGGAGCAACAAAAAGUUACAAGUUCACUUCAAGGUAUGACCACUUCUGGAUUUCCACAAGCGAGACAAACAGCGAUGAAUGACUCUGAGUCUAAAGUAGAACCUGAUACAACAGUGGAAAGUGAAAACAGCACUAGCAGUGUGCCUGAGGAGAAACUAGAAGAAUCCCCUCUUAAUAUUCAAAACCCAGAAGAAGAAGAAAAAGAGAUGGCAAGGGAAAUAAAUAAAGAAAAUGUGGAGGAUGAGAGUAAAGUCCAGGAUCAAGGGAGUAAUACGCAAACAAUCCAGGAGCAAUCCAGUCACAGGAAUGACCUAUCAGACCCAGACCCGGGUGCAACAUUGAAAAAUGAAAUCCGCACUAGCAGUGAAACUGAGGAGAAACAAAAAGUCAACACAGAAUCCCCUCUUAAUAUUCAAAAGCCAAAAGGAGGAGAAAAAGAAGAAGAGAUGGCAAGGGAUAUAAAUAAAGAAAAUGUGGAGGAUGAGAGUAAAGUCCAGGAUCAAGGGAGUAAUAAAACACUUUGGACAGUUGGUGCAGUUGGUGUAGUUUUGUUAGCAGUGUUUUGUGCAUUUACGUAUAGUCCUGACUCAACUUCACCUAAACCAAACGAGUUUAAUGUAGUGGAAGUUUUCAAUGAGGAGAUGAAAAAACUUGAGACCAACUUUCCAAAUCAGCAUCCAGAGCUCUGGAGGAGGAGUCUUAUUCAUCUCAGGCGCCACCUAAAGACUAAGAACCCCUCUGAACCCGUCAGCCUCAUUCUGACAUCUGGUCACAGAGCUGAAAAGACACUUGAUUGCUUAGCCCGAAACUUGGCCCAAGCUUUUUCCACUGCCAUUAACUCUUCAGUUCUGAAUAUUAAUGGCAAAAGCAAAGCAUCACAAGACAGUGAUCAGGUAAAGCUGGACAUUGAUCGUGAAUUGAGAAAUGCUUUUGAUGGUGAAAAGUCUGCUGCAGUCAUCCACCGUUUUGAGGAGCUCCCUCCGGGAUCCACUCUCAUCUUCUAUCGUUACUGUGACCAUGAGAACGCGGCUUAUAAAAACGUCUUCCUGGCCUUUACUGUAAUGCUUGAUGCUGAAGUGGAAGUGCCAUCCAAUGUCAGUUUGGGAAGAGUUGAGGAGAUGGUUCAAGAGCACAUAAAACGUAAGUUUGUCUCGUCUGACAAGUCGGCUAUGUUUAAUCAAAUGGACGUUGACAAACUAAGUGGACUGUGGAGCAGAAUUUCACAUCUCAUCUUGCCAGUGGCUGCAGAAGAGAAGAUUGAACAGCAGGGCUGUGAGGAUUUUGAUAAGUCAUUUUAAAAAGUUUUUUUUCUUUAAAUAUUAGACUCGUUUGGAUUCAAACAAGAAAUAUAUGCAUAUGGCUGUGUGCUGCUGUAUGGAUGAUGGGCCUCUGUUUUCUUUUUUCUGACUGUAAAUUAUAAUGCUUUAAAUUAUGACAUUCAUAUGAGGAUGAAAUGAAGGAUGUUUUCCCAUUUGUAUAGCUUUUCUUACUUUCUUUUUAUGUAGAUCUGUUUGUAUCUAAAUUAUGUAAUACACUAAAGUUAUUUUUAAUCUGUAAAUUUGGUUGGGCAGGGAUAAACCUGUUAUAUUUCCUACUUGGAAGAUUUAUCAGAGAAAAUAAACGUGCCUUAAUAAAUGAAU